GCAGACGGACGCUUCGUCCAUCGUGCUGUACAAGUUGGUCGAUUUGAAAGGUAGCCGUGAACAGUUCUGCUCCCGAAUAAUUGAACAACGCGACAUCUUUUCGAACAGGUGGAGGCUUACUGGUGGACAUGAUGAAACGGGCAACGCAGACGAAACAAUACGCCGAACUGGAUCACGCUUUGCGCACCAAAGUGGAGCCGUAUUUGUACAACAAGGGAAAAGGGAAAUGGAUCCCGAUCGAGAAAUUGGUUCUGCUGCGCAACAAAGACAGACCGAAGCAUAGAAUGCUUCCGCCGUUAAGAGCUAUGGAGAACCCAGGCGAUUACGAUAUAGACAAAGACAUGGGCACGGAGGAAGUAGACGAGACGAAAAUAGAUCUUUCUUGUCUCCGUUAUAAUCUUUCUUACGUCGCAGACAAAACCAAGUACAGGUUGGUCUGUUGGAGUUUGGGCGAACGAGGCGCGGUCGGAGAAACGAUUCUGCACUUGUGCAUGCUGCACGCGACUGCUAUUCACAUCGAUCUGGCGAAACGCUUGCUGCGUUUUUAUCCGAAACUCAUCAACGACAUAUACAUGUGCGACGAGUAUUACGGCGAAAGCGCGCUGCACAUCGCUAUAGUGAACGAGGACCCGGCUCUGGUCAAGUUGCUCCUGGACAGCGGCGCAGACGUCCACGAGAGGUGCUUCGGGAACUUCAUGUGUCCAGAAGACCAGAAAUCUUCGCGAUCCGACAGUAUGGAUCACGAGUGGGUGUGCGUCGCGCCAGAGACGAACUACAGCGGGUACGUCUACUGGGGCGAGUACCCUUUGAGUUUCGCGGCCUGUCUGGGCCAGGAAGAAUGUUACAGAUUGAUUUUGGCGAGAGGAGCAAACCCGGACAAACAAGACACGAACGGCAACACCGUUCUGCACAUGCUGGUCAUCUACGAGAAAUUGAGCACGUUCGACAUGGCGUACGAGAUGGGCGCGUCUCUGGGGAUCAGAAACGCUCAGCACCUGACGCCGCUGACGCUAUCGGCGAAACUGGCUAGAAUUGAAAUGUUUUUCCACAUUCUGAACAUCGAGAGAGAAAUUUACUGGCAAAUCGGGAGCAUUACCUGCGCGGCGUAUCCUCUCUCGCAAGUGGACACCAUCGAUGUUACCACGGGGACCAUCAGUCACAAUUCGGCCCUGAAUCUGGUCGUGUUCGGUGAAAAGGACGAGCAUUUGGAACUAAUGGACGGAAUUCUAAUCGACCUGCUAAACGCAAAAUGGAACACCUUCGUCAAAUCUCGAUUUUAUCGUCAAUUUUUCCUCUUCUGUUUCUAUUUUGUCCUAUCCUUGAUCAGUUUUACCCUCCGGCCGGGACCUUCUACGGUGUCCGAUGACGUCACGACCACCACCUACGCCGAGACUACCGAAUUGUUCGCGUCCGAUGGAUUUCCCGCGUCGCCGACAUCGACACCGAGGUCGUCCGUUCCGACCCAGUUUGCGGACGAUGCUAUCGCGACCGAAACCUCGGCGUAUCAUCGAGACGCGAAUCUUUCCGAGAUAGUCGAGAGACUCGUAACUGCCAGUUUCGACGGGACCCUGAGAUCUUCUUUGAACGUGACGCCGUUCUUCCUCGAGAAACUGAAGCUCCGUGUUGUUUCCGAAGUAACGUCCACGCUAAGGAACGCGUUGUCGGCCAGCAGAAACGGCGACGAUGAUUUUCAGGCGUUCGCACCUGUAACGAAAAAUGCAACGAUCAGAGAUCUUGGAGGCAAGACGGAGUCGUUGCUCUACUCCGGCACCGACUCCGGCUCCGAUUAUGUCACCGGUAGCAAUUGGUGGAGCAACAUUACCCAAGAGUGCAGGCUUAUGCAGCUGGCGAGCAUAUCGGCGAAGUUUCGAAUAACCGCCGAACUGUUGAUGGAAAUCGCGGCGACGCUGUACAUUCUCGCCGCGCUGAGGGAAGCCAGGUUCCUCGGUCUCGGCAUGUUCGUGGAGAAUCUAAUGACCGCACCGUCGCGAGUAAUGUUCCUCUUCUCUUGUUGCAUACUACUAUCUUUCCCAUUCCUGAGACUAAGCUGCGCCGACCGAGUCGAAGACAUGCUGGCGGUCGUAGUCAUGCUGACCACCGCGCCCUAUUUUCUGUUCUUCUGCAGAGGCUUCAAGACGGUCGGGCCUUUCGUCGUCAUGAUCUACCGAAUGAUCAUGGGCGAUCUCUUGCGCUUCGUUUCCAUUUAUUUGGUUUUCGUGAUGGGAUUUUCCCAAGCCUACUACAUCAUAUUUCUGUCGUUCGACAAUCCUAAUACGCCGGAAGGCGUCGACGACUCGAUGAACAACCCGAUGCCGUCCCCGAUGGAGAGCGUGAUGGCGAUGUUCUUGAUGAGCAUGACGAACUUUGGAGACUAUUACAGCGCGUUCGAAAGAACGGAGCACGAGAUGGAAGCCAAGUUUCUCUUCGUUCUGUACAUGGCGAUCGUGGCGAUCCUUCUCGUAAACAUGUUGAUCGCUAUGAUGGGGAACACGUAUCAGAAGAUCGCGGAAACUAGGAACGAAUGGCAGAGACAAUGGGCGCGCAUAGUUUUGGUGGUGGAGCGAGGAGUGAGUCCGGAGGAGAGGCUGAAAAAGUUGAUGGAUUAUUCGCAGCCGAUGUCGGACGGUCGCAAAGCUUUGGUGCUUCGUCUGAAUCAAUCGGAAGAGGAUAAAGAGGAAAUGAAGGAGAUCUUAGAGAUGAAGAGGACCCACGACAAGCUGUACCAGAAGCGACUAAAUAAAACGGCAAACAGGAAGGCUUCGCGACAACCCGAAGACAGCGUUACGAUACCGAUAUCAUAAAAAUAAAUAAAUAAAGUAGUAUAUUA